AUCGCGUUCCGGGAGAACAGCUGAGGACUCUUCGCUUCAAUGUAUCCGACGCGCAUAUGAAGAGGAUCCAAAAAUGACUGCCGGCUGGUAAUGCCAAGUCGUUGAUGUUGCUCUUCAUAUACACCGUUCAGCCGGGUAAUGUGGAGGUGGGGCGUGUUCGCGCGGAGCAUCGCGAUGAACUCUCUAGACCUGUGAGGCCAUUGGGCAUGAUUGACAACAGAAGCCAUAGCAAUGACGGCCGGCGACACGGCGUUGAAGUGACAGAACCUCCUGUCGUGGCUAGUGAAAGAAGUAGGGAGGAACUUGAGCUGAGUGUUAUCAUGUCACAGAUCUCUAAGCACAGAAUUACUCUAACAGGUAAGACAAACGCGCAGGUGAUUGUGGGUGCCCACAGUGACAGUAUAAUGUCUUCCCAGCAGAAUACCACAGAUGUACCCGUAGAGAACUACGACCUAGUCAAUGAAAUGAUUGUGGGCGCCGAAAGUAAAGCUGUCCGACCUUGCUGUACCGCAAGCACUUCACACUCAGCCUACGUCUCCAUCCGCCAUGUUCGCGUCUACCCCCCCUACAACCUCUCAGGGUACUCCAUCGGUCCCCAACACUUGUCCGCAUCGACUCUAGUAAGCACGACAUCCGACCACUCCGUUCGCAGCCACCAUGCACCCAUCUCAUCUUCGUUCUAAGCGUACCUCUUUGUCUCCUCAUGGUCUACACCAUACGUAAAGGCGGCAAUCUGACAUACAGCAUGUUUCAACGCCACUAGAUAUUCUGAGCCGUUGACGAAAGUGUGGCCUUCAAAGUGCUUCGAAGGAUUAUCAAGAGCCACACCGCUGUAGCCGACACCGCCUCAGUGCUAGGGAAGAGCAACGAGUGAGAGAGAUGGCAUGUAGU